CUCCACUAAGUUUCCGAUUGCCCAACAUCCUCAUUCAGACAAUGAGUUUGUUCGGCUGCUCGUUACCGUCCAGCGAAGUUGCUGCUGUUCCUCCCUCCCUGAAUGAAGAUUCAGCUUGACACAAAAUAAAACUUCCUCUUCUGUCCAACAUCUAUUCGGUGAGCUAUUUUUGGGGACGAUUACUGGCUAGAGGCUGCACAAGAUGGCGUCACGAUUAUUUGAGGAGCGGGAACAUGCUGCCUUAUACCAGAAAUACCGUGUCCCCUUACCCUCCCAAAUCUGCAACCUGGUCCUCAACUACCUGCAGAGAAAGAAAGGGAAACCAUUCAGCCUGGCAGUUGAUAUUGGAUGUGGCUCGGGUCAGAGCACCAGAGGACUGGCUGCUUACUUUGAAAAAGUGAUUGGAAUUGAUGCGAGUGGAGCUCAGAUUGAAGAGGCCAGGAAGGUGGGCGGACCGGGUAACAUCUCUUUCAGACAGGGCCUCGCAGAGAAGCUGGAGUUCGAGGAUGGUUCCGUUGACCUGAUAAUCGCAGGAGCGGCAGUUCAUUGGUUUGAUAUAGAGAUGUUUAUGAAGGAGGUUGAGAGGGUUCUAAAACCCAAAGGCUGUGUGGCUCUGUAUUGCUACCGGGUUCCAUUUGAAUUACAUUACAAUGACUGCUCUGAGCAUCUGACCCAGAUUGUCCAUGAGAUGUUCAAAACCCUCGCACCCUACGAGAGUGAGAAAAGUCAGAUUGCUCGGAAUGAAUAUAAAGAAGUAUUUGAUGCUAUCAUGUUCCCUGACAAAGAGAGAGUUGAUAAUAUUCCAUUCGAGCAACAUGCAUCAAUCUCGUGGAUCAAAGGCUUCUUUGAGUCUUUAUCUUACUACCAAACGUUUCAGAAAGAGGAUCCGAAAUCUGCUAAAGCCUCAGUUGAAAGAAUGGAGCAAAAUUUUCUGCAGGCUAUGGGAGUGGCUUCCAGUGAAACUGUGUUGGAAAUUAAGUGGACUGCUUUCUGCUUACUCGCAAGCAAACCCGAGUGAGGCCUAUAGACACCGAGUGAUGGUGUCUCCCAGCCCUAUUGCAACAAAACUCUCCCCAUUCCCUUAAGUAGGAUGCCAAAUCUGUAUUUCACAAUGAAUCAUUGGUAGAGGGUAGUUUUAACACAGAUGAGAUACACAAGACAUUGGAUAGGAGCAGCUGGGGAGAUUGUUCAUCUUCAGCAGGGGGCAAUAUAUGGUUGAACAUUGUUGUGCAAAGAAUUGCUUCCUGACAUCACCCCUGAACAGCUGCUCUGUAAGAACUUGGGGUCUUGAAUAAACAACUAUUUUCUGUCUAGUAUGAGAUUAGCUAAACAGCAUUGAUUCUCUCUCUGGAAAGAGCAUUUCUAAACACUUUGACCUGUAAACAGUCUUAGUUCAGGCUGCCAUGUUGACAUUCUAAGUAGGUGGGAUGAUGUCUUGUGCACUCCCUUAUGUAUGCGAGUGUUUAGAAAGGACCAGGGUGUAAGCUAAAAAGCUGGUCUCAAGCAGGAUGGUGAACUGGGGUGGGGGGGUUGGUGGUAAGCACCCUGACAGUUUGGGUACCUGUCUGUGUCGAUUGGUCAGGAUUGUUUGAAUAGAUGAUUGACAUUGGGUAAGCUACCAGCCCCCAGAAAAAGAAUAUAUUAACAAGUGCUGAAGGACAGGGUCCAUGUCCUGCUGAGGUCCCAGUGAGAUACUGGUGAGGUGUCGUGGUGAGAUACUGGUGAGGUGUUGUGGUGAGGUUGCAGUGCUGUUAAGAUGGAGGAGGUGGGUGAUGAGAUCAACACACUUUGUGCCAACUGUCUGUCUGCCCUCUGGGACCAGUAAACCACUGUCAGGGUCGUAUACGUUUUCCGUCUAAUUAGUUACUGUAUCAUAUAUAAACUUAUUUCUUAUUAAACUUAAUUAAAAAUCUUAAAAUUA